UGGGAGAGAAGACACGUCGGAUGAGAUAUUCAAUUUUAAAUGUUCGCCUUGUCUGGCAAAUAAUCGGAAUAGAGAAGCUGUGAAAUAUUGCGUGGGAUGUCAGGGAUAUUAUUGUCAGUCUUAUGCUGACACUAUGCAUAUGAUGCCUGGUUUAAAAGGUCACACGCUUUUGGAUAAGUCGAAUUGCAAAUCAUCAAGUCUUCCAGCAGGAUUACCAGCAGUACCGACGGAGAGAUGCAGCAAUCAUGAGACAAAGAUCGUGGACAUGUACUGUGGUAAUCAUGAUGAGGUUGGUUGUACAACUUGCAUGGCUUUAAGCCACAGGUCUUGAGCUGAUGUGCAGUCCAUUCCAGAUAUUGUCGAUAGUAAAUUUCAAACGACAGAUGUUGACAAAAUACACCAAAAGUUGCAAGACCUGAAGAUGAUGAUGGAGAAAAUUAUGAAAACUAGACAAAGACAGAUAGAAGACUUAAAGAAGUCUAAGACCGAAGAAAUAAUGGUGAUAAAGGACUUUCGAAAAGACAUGGACACAAUUCUUGAACAACUAGAAAAGGAAUCGAUUAAAGAAUUGGAGAGGAAGUUCGUAGAAGAAGAAUCGAAACUACUGGAAGAGAAGAGGAAUGCAGAAACUGAAUUAGAUAGUCUGAAACAAGCAGUGAACGACUUGAAGAAAUCAGAAGGAAACAAAGCUCAACAAUUUGUCUCCAUGAAAAUGUCCCUGCCAAGUAUCGCAAAAAUGGAAGACGUUUCUAGUUCAUUGCAAACAAGUGUUGAUGCAAAUAUAUCCUUUAGCUUUGAUCCUGCUAUACUAAAAUUUCUACACCAAUUGAAAACGUAUGGAUCGGUUCGACAUGAUUCUGCUACUGCAAGGACAACCGUCUAUUCUGUUAAAAGUAUCGAGAAUUUAAACAUCAGAGGUCAGAAUGACAAGAAAACAUGUUGUGUUUUUAGAUCCUGUCUAACAGACGAUGGAUCACUACUGUUAGCAGAUAAUACCAAUAAUAAGAUUAAACGUGCAGAUGUUGUAAAAAUGUCAGUGACAGAUUAUUGUUGUGUUCCUGCUGGACCUGCUGGCAUUUGUUGUACAAGUAAAAGUGAAGCUGCAGUCUGCCUGGACAAUAGAACAAUUCAGUUUGUCUCCCUUGGUAAGAACAUGACAACCACCCGUCAACUAAAUGUGACCCACACUUGCUUUGGCAUUGCUUUUAAGGAUGAUAAACUAUACAUAACUAACAAAGGCCAGUCAUUAUACAUACACGAUAUGACAGGCAACGUGCUGCAAAAGGUAACUCAAGACAACGCCGGGCACAGCAUUUUUUUAACCCCCCGAAAUGUUGCUGUCAGUGAUGUUAAUGAAAAUGUGUUUGUUGCUGGUUAGGGUAAAGGUCUAAUUAUUAUUGAUGGACAAGGAAAGCACUGUCAGACGUUGACUGACUCGGAGUUAAACUUAGCAAGUGGAGUUUGUACAGAUCGUAAAGGAAACCUGUUUGUGUCCGGGUAUGGUUCAAAUAACGUGAUACAGAUAGGGAAAGACGGGAAGAAAAUAGGCGUGGUCGUGAACCCAUCUAAUGGACUUGUCCAUCCAGAAUCAGUUUGUUUUGACACAAGACAAUGCAAAUUAAUGAUUUCCCAAAACGGCAACGAUAAUGUCAAAGUAAUCUCUUUGCAAUAAAGAGUGGUUAUAUGACGAUAUUUUGCUAGUAUAAGUACAUCAUGUUUUUUUUUUAUAUAUACAACAUUGUGCCUAGCAUUUGAAUGUAAUCAAAGAAUGCUGAUAAGUACAACAACAGUUACUGUAGUUAACAUAUCAAGUUAUGCUUAAUUCUUGACAAACAAAAACAAGAAGAAAAUUUGACAUGGAGUGUUUCUGAAAAAAAUGUCAAAGCAGCGCGAUGUUGAAAUUAGUUCUCAUUCUAGAAUCGCUAGGCAUGAUUGUUACUAAAUGAAGAAAGUCAAGCUGUGUACAUUAUAUGAUAAAGAACGGUUUACGCACGGACCGUUCUGAAGGAGCAUUAUGACGUCAAAAAUGACGUCAAAUUGCAUCGUGACGUCCGGUUUAUUACAACUCAGAUCAAUAAAGCCUAGCAUGAUUUUUUUUCAAAUUACCUCAGUGGACAAGUAUGAAUGUAAACAAUUAAGGUCUUCUUGCAGUUUAUCGCCUAAUUUACCAUGAUUCAUAAUUUAAGUGCAUAUAUAAUUUACAACUCGGGCUAAAGCCCUCGUGGUUCAAUUCCUUUGCAUCUGAACACCGAACCAUAAUUAAUCAGACGAUAAAUAACCCGAAGGCUUUGAAUAUUUGUAACGUAUAAUAUAUAAAUGUUUUAUUGCGUUCAGCAAUUAACCUGCACAGAGUACUGCGUGCCAUAUUUUUAUUAUUACUGUCAAGUGACAGAAAUAUAAUGUUUUCAUUUUUGUUUCUGAAUGUGCCGAUGGAAGAUUUGUACGAUUGUUUCUUUGUUAGACUUUCAAAUGUUAUGUAUGUGGGUUCAGACGGGUAUAUACAACCUUGGGACUUCUGACAAAUUCAUGAGUCACGACAGGUCCUGAUUUUAAAUCUUAAAACAAAUGUUGAAUAUAAUCAAAAAUGAGUAGUCGCAUUGUUUCAGUUUGAAUCUUUACCAUAAAAAAAUGAAUUGUAGCUGUAGGUGAAUUUUUUGUUUGUUUUAGUUGACGAGUUCACAUUUUAUAACGAUGCCAUUUUGUCUGCGUAAUUCUGUGAAUGACGCAGUUAAUCGCGGGGAAAAUUGUCCCUAGAAGUCAUUGCACAAAAAUUGUUUAUAUACGAACUUUCGUUACAAAGUACA